AAGUAGAACAGAAACUAAGUUCACUAAGCUAUCCUCUACAAUGAAUCACCGGUCGAGUUUGUGGCUGCUCAUAUUGCUGGUCGUUAAUGGAGUUUGGCUGGGAAGUGCCCAACUCCCAUUCCCCGGAAAGUGUCCGGAUGUCAAAGUAGUGGACACCUUCGAUGUGGAGGCGUACACGGGUAUCUGGUAUGAGUACUCCAAAUAUCCAUUUUCCUUUGAGAUUGGUCAGAAGUGCAUCUACGCCAACUAUAGUAUUGUAGACAGUAGCACUGUGUCUGUGUUGAAUUCCGGAAUCAAUGAAAAUGUGAGUAAACACAUAUUAUAGCUAAUCAAUUUGAUCAAACCCAAUCAAAACAGCACCGAACAACCAUCGAAUGUGACUGGAACGGCCAAGCUCCUCGGUCCUGGUCAAUUGGCAGUGGCAUUCUAUCCCGGCCAGUCCCUAACGAAGGCCAACUACUUGGUUUUGGGCACCGACUAUAAAUCAUAUGCCGUUGUCUAUAGUUGCUCUAAUCUAACGCCGUUGGCUAAUUUCAAGUUCGCUUGGAUCUUAACUCGUCAGCGUGAACCUUCAACGGAGACCAUUGAUGUGGCCAAAAAGAUCUUGGAAGAGAAUAAGAUAUCGCAGGCAUUCCUCGUCGACACUCUUCAGAAGGAUUGCCCCAAACUGUAGGGCAUGUCAAUUGAUGACUUCGUGGCCACUGUGUUGCCAAAUACCAUCGAAAAGGCAUGAGAUGAGCGUCUCUACGACAUUUUUAUGUUCUUUUUAAGUUACUAAGUUCCUAAAACUUCAGUUAUUCAAAUGUACAAAAAUGUAUACUUAAAUUUUCUUUUAUGUAACAGUGAGAAAUAAAAACGAAACGAUUUUAUGAAAAUGUA